GAGGAGUACAAGAUAAAAUUGAUAAAACUUUUACAAGUGACUGUUUCUUCAUAAAAACAUGAAACUGGCUGGGUAAAAAUAGUUCCGUUGCAUGAACAGACAUGACGUCACGUCUCCAUAACAGCCUUUGUGAGGCAAUGCUGGUUGUCGGACUUGAUCAAUAUACAGGCCUCAGACCAGCCCAACCACAGCCACGGAAUGCUGUUAAGAACAUUGAAGUUCCAUUCACACAAGCCUAUGAGCCUCAGGUGCUUGCUGCCAUCUCUUCUAAUGUUGCUAUGUUUCCACAAGCACCAAUAAAGAUGGACCCCUACUACCCAUACUCAGCUGGAGUUACCAGAUACAAGUCACAGCAAGCACUGAAGCAGCCUGGCCAGAGGCCCUCCAGGCGCAUCUCCAUGGGCAUUAUGGGAAGUGGUCACAGAACGGCAGGUCUUGACAGGUCACGAAGGUCAACAAUGAGGUCCCGUAGAAUGUCUGUUAAGCCCCAGGAGCUCCCCAUAUCAACUGAAGUGAUCAAUUCAUUACAUGCUUUCUGCUUCCCAGACUAUGCCUAUGUUCACAAGCGGCAACGUAAGGAUCGUGUUCACUAUUUGGUGCUGACUGAUGUGACAGGGGACAGAUCUUAUGCUACAUGUCUUACAUAUUACAGACAGGUUCUUAUUGAGAAAGAAAUGGUUGAUAAUGAGACAGAAUGGAAGUUUGCAGAUAUGGAGGACAAAGACAUUAAAGAAGUUCAGUUAACCAUUGGUCAGUUCAAAGUGUGGCUCCCAGUCUGCUGUGUUAUGAUCUCUAGCCACCCUUACCUCACUGUAAUGAAAGAUUGUCUCUCAAGCUUAGUGCAGUUGAUAAAGCAAGAUCAUGAAGAGAUGAACACAUUCUUGAAGGACUAUACCCGCCAGUUGACCAUGACCCCAGUGCCCCCUGCUGGCAUGAUCUCUAUAAAUUUCAGUUUAUACCAACUGACAAUCAAUCUCCACUCCUCAGACCACCCUGAUAGAAAUGUGAUAGACAUUCCUCUGAACAUUCCAUUCCUCUCAUUCACCAUGGAGAACCUGCUGAAGAUCAUUGCCUGCAUGUUAACCCAACAGAGGAUCGUCUUCAUGUCAACUAGCUAUGCAAUACUCACUAUUGUCAUGGAGAGUUUUCUCAACUUUAUUCAUCCAUUUGAAUGGCAGCAUCCUUAUGUCCCCAUCUUGCCUAGUAGGCUGUUAGAACUAGUAGAUGCCCCUGGAACAUUCCUAAUGGGCUGCCAUGCUGAACACAGACCAGAUAUUGAACAGGUGGAUGGUAUAGUGAUAGUAGACAUAGACAGUGGCCAAGUGGAGGUGUCUGACAGCCUGUAUAUUCCUAGUCUACCCUCUGAGCCAGUCUCUAUGUUCCGCACUGCAACACAGCGCAUCAUGCCUAACUUUGAUCUCAUUCUUAUUAACAGUACAAGCUGUCUGAGUCUAGAAGAAGUACGCUUAGAAAGAAGAAGGCUAACAGAAAUGUUUAACAGAUUUGUUACUGCAUCCUUCAUGGAGCUCAUGGUGAACUUAUUUAGGGAUGUGCUUACCAAUAUAAAGGUGAUAAAGGCAGACAAGAGGUACUUCAACAAGGAAAACUUCCUGGAAUCUCAGCUGCCAGGUGAUACUCCAUUUUAUGAACAGGUGGUAAACUCAGAUAUGUUCAACAAGUUCCUGAGGGACAGAAUGAAUGACAAACGAGACUCUUGGGUAGAGUUUGAGGAAAAGACACGUCCAGUUGCUCGAAAUUCUUUACAAGGAGUUAACGAUAAAUCUGAAUUAAUUCGUCCAUUACUGUUAAAACAGCGCCGUUCAUCAUCCUCCUGUGUCUCAGUUGCGGACCCCACUAAACUCAUCUAUUCAACAUCAGGUGUAACCACCAUAUUUCAUCUCCCUGAAUUUAAAAACACAGAUGGCUUUUACGAGAGAUCUUGUCAGGAGAUUUCCAUUAAGCUGGAGACCAGUAAGCUGCCAUCCCUAAGAGCCCCACUUCUGUAUUUGCGUGGCAUGCUGCGUGUAGCUUGUGGUCGCCCUGUAGAAGGCCUAGAAGAUUUCUACAACCUCUCAGCUAAUGAUACUCGCCUCUUUCCUAGACAGGUGAUCAGAAAGGUCCUCUCAGUAAUGUCCACAGUUGAGAAAAGCAAACUAACAGAAUCAGAAUUUUACCGCAAGUCGGCAUUAUUUAGGAAGAUAGAUGAUGAAGCUUCUCAUAUUGAGAGUAUUCACAUAGAUAUUGGUGGUAUACCGCAGACUGACAUUGAUUUUAAUGAGUUUUAUGAAGCCAUCCAGAUAGUUGAGAUAGCUGCUGACUAUGACACUAUAGUGCGCCUGUUUGAGUCUCUCACUCUUGGAAAGCAAGACUAUGUAGACCCUGUUACAUUUGAGAUGCUGUAUGAGUGUUGGAAGGAGAAUGAGGUUCAAUGCAGGGAAGUGCACCCCCCUGAAGGCUUCUUAGAUCCAAACGAGUGCAUAUUGAAAGUAUCUAAUAUGAUGAAAUGUGACAGAGGGACUGGACGACUGGCUCUAACACAGAAAAGACUAUUCUUCCUACAGGAGGGUUCCAAGAAGUUUGUUGAAAUCAUCAAACUGCGAGAUAUCUCAUCGCUAGAGAAGAUACAGCAGAUGUCCUUCCUCGUAGGGGUAGAGGCUCUCAGGGUGUAUUCCAAGGUGUCUGAGUGCCCACCAUUUGUUGCAUGUCUAAAGGAGGAGAGAAACUGCUGGUGCAUGCUGGUUACUGAAAUGGCUGCUGGGAAGGUUAUUGCAGAGGAGCUGAGGGAUCCUGGGAUUGUUCAGCAGGCAGCACAGAAUGUCCUAUUAGUGGAUGCUGUCAUUCGCAGUGGGGAGGAGAACUGCUGUUCCCAUCAUACAUCAGUGGAGAGAGCAGCCUCCUAUCUCUGUUACUUCACACGCAGGAAGGAGGAUGGAGUAGACAAGCUACCCCCAGAUACAAAGCAUGUUCUCCAGCACCGGAUCAACCCUAAUGUCCGGGAAGUGGACAAGAAAGCCAUCGAGGCUCUCCUGUACACUCCAGGAAACAAGAGUGGGUCUAGCAAUGAAUCUGAUAGUGAAAUAGAACUAGGUCCCAAGCUAUGGUGUGCCAUGGGCAGUGGCAAAGUACUAGUCUAUGAUGCUAGCACAUGGCUUCUACAGGCUAAGUUCACACAGGCUAAAGGCAGAGUGGUAUGUCUGGUUGCAGUAGGAGAGAAUCAAAUCUGGGCUGGCUCAUUUGACAAAACAAUCUACGUCAUUGACAUUGCCACUGUCACGUCUAACCAGUCUCUCAUGGAGCACACUGAUAUGUUGUCUGACAUCACAGUUAGUAAAGACCAUAGGACAGCUUUCUCUGCCAGCCUUAAUGGACAGAUUCUGGUGUGGGACACUGAGAAACUACAGUCCAUGUACCAAAUCAAUUUAGCUGUACAAUGUCUCUCUACAAUACAGUGGGUCGAUGGCAAUUUGUGGUGUGGUACAAAGGAGAGGAUCAUUGUGGUAACAGAGGCAGGAGGGAUACUCAAGAGACUCCACUGUACAGAUGAAGCCAAAUAUACCCUCUCAAUAGACUGCUUUCUUAUCACUCCACAUAAAGAGGUAUGGACAGGUUGUGGCAGACAGGGACUGAUCACUAUAUGGGAUCAAGAGACAUUUGAAGAGAUCAGACAGUCAAGAGUAGAGUGUAGGGGGAUCAGUAAGAUGGUCUUAGUACAGAAUAAGGUUUGGGUUGGCUCUAAAUCUGGCUUCAUCUACAUCUUCAAUUGCAGUAACCAUUUGCUAGAGCAGCAGCUAAAGGCUCACAAUGACUCUGUACGCUCUAUGUGUACAGCACAGAAUAGAUACAUUAUGAGUGGAGCUGGGAGUGAAGACGGGAAAGUUGCAAUAUGGAGGGCAUCGACUGCGUAAUAUUUUCAGUUGAAGGCCCACAGACUGACAUGUAUGUUCCAUUGAGCCACACAGAAUAGAACUUUUAGAGCUCAUCAUAUCGGGACUUCUGUUUCAGCUAAAGUUGUCAUGUUUUGCAGUAUAGCAACCGUGAUUUCCUAAAUGAACUACCAUAUUCUCUGUAAAAAGUGCACAAUCCCCUCCCAAAAUGUACAUUGAAACUAGUGAAAUAUUGACAAAUUCUAAAGACUGCACAUCAGUACAAACACUCUCUUGAAGCCCCAUAGUACAAACCAUGUUUGAUCAAUAUAUUGUCCAAACUUCUUUUUUAGUCGUUAUCACUAUGCAAUAGGUUCUCUACAGCUCCCAUGCAAUGUAAUCAAGAAGGUAUCAAAAAACCUCAAAGCCCUACAGGAAAAGGAUUAAAGUCUUGUUUGCUGGUCAGUCAAUUUUCAAUAUUUCUGAAAUGCACCAUAUUUGUCAUAAAAGUCGCAUGUGUGAUCUUUGAGGGAUGAGCACUCUUUAGAGAGUAUAUGGUAUAUCUAUGCAUACUGUAUAUUUUACAUAAAUCAUAUUAUUGUCCAUAAACCUACAUGACUGUGACAGCACUACCCUAGAUGAAUCCAUUGAAACUGGAAGAGUCUAGGAAUGAAGUUAAGGGAGAGCAACAGCUUCAAAUCUUUAUUACGUACUCUACCUUUAUAGUUAAUGUAUACAAUUUCUCAAAUUUUUGAGAAUUUAUAGUCUAGCUACAAGCCCUUGUGACCCCCCACACACCUCCCCACUGUGUGAGAAGGUGUUAAGUUAAGUAAUGGGGGGGGGG